AUGGGAACCCGAUACCUCCUGGCUCUGUGUCUCAUCCUCCUGGUAUUGGGAUUUGAGGUGCAGGGGACCUCUACGCUCCCGCAGGAUGAGGCCGCCGGCCCCACGCUGUUCGCCCAGAUGCAGGAAUCGAUUCUUAGUUACUGGGAUUCAGCCAAGACCGCCGCCCAAGACCUGUACAGGAAGACCUACCUACCCUCCAUGGAUGAGAAAAUCAGGGAUGUGUACAGCCAAAGCACAGCAGCUAUGACCACGUACACAGGGAUUUUUACUGACCAGCUCCUUUCUAUGCUGAGGGGAGAGGAGUAA